GCCGAGAAUUGCCGAAUCAUCUGUCCUGCCCGGACUGCUGGAAGCGGCCGCAACGCCAUGUUGGCGAAGUCUCUCAUCUCUGUGAGGGAAAAAAAAUGACAAAUAACACACUUGACGACGAGACGAGGUAGAUCGCCGAGAAGAGGUUGAAGAAUCUGUGGCGAUUAUUUAUUUUUUCCACAGAAACGAAACCUAGCCGGAUCCAGCAGGAGGUUCCGGACGGGCCGAGGGGAGGCUAAACCUCCCACCGUCCCCAUGAACAGCACCGCUGAUCCGAACAGCGACUUUCCAUGAUAAAAGAAAAAAGACGAUUGUGUUGCUAUUCGAGCUUUCGUUAUCCCGGUUCGUUAAAAGGGGGGAUUUUGGGGCCUGCUGCUUCCAAGAAUCUGCGAGGCUUUGCUCCAUGUUUGCGAGCUAGACGCUGUUUGUCUCAGUAUUUAAAAGGAGGUAUUGUUUUUUUUUUUUUAUUAUUGUUUUUUUUGCGAUGAGUUUGCCACCGAAAGUGGUUCCCAAACCCGCCGCUGUCGUCGCAGUGAGCGGACCUGGAAGUGGCCCCUCUCCGUCGAGCCAGCUGCGGGCUACCCUGACCUCCGUCUCUCUGCCGCCGGGAGCCCCCACAGUCCCUCAGCCCGGCUCCGUACCGACACCUCAAAUCCCACGGGUUCAGCAAUCACUGGACGAGAGGAUCUUCCCCACACAGCCUGGAGUUACUGCAGUAUACAGCGUACCCAGGCAUGCUGGCCCUCCUUACACUGCUCAUGACAUCACAAAGGGACAUCCUGGCUUGGCGGGCACACCGCCCGGUCAUGCUCACCCCGCAACGCUUUCUCAGGUAUCAUUACCCACAGCUUCCCCAUAUCGCUACCCUAAGGGCUGGGAGACAGGCGGAGGGUCUCCCUACAACCCAGGGCAAAAUGCUGGCUCCGCCCCUUUAGUGUAUUCUGCACAGACGCAGGCAAUGAAUGCACAGCAACAAAGUCGCCCGUUUGCUACGGGCCCUCGACCAACCCACCAUCAGGGAGGAUUCAGGCCCAUCCAGUUUUUCCAGAGAACUCAGAUGCAGGCCGCGAGGCCCACCAUCCCCACAAACACACCCUCUUUACGGCCCGGCUCGCAGAACCCCACGGCGGCCGUGUACCCAACCAACCAACCAAUCAUGAUGACCAUGGCACCCAUGCCUUUCCCUUCCCCACAGGCUGCACAGUACUACAUCCCACAGUGUCCUCUUUUCUUUCAGUAUCGACACAGUACGCCCUACGUGGGACCUCCUCAGCAGUAUUCAGUCCAGCCUCCAGGGUCCGGCACCUUCUAUCCUGGUCCUGGGCCGGGGGAGUACCCUUCCCCGUAUCAUCCCCUCAGGUACCACCCGCCUGUCUCACCCUCUGUCCCCGCUCCCGUCCCCACAGCUGGUCCCCCCUACUAUCCAGGACAGGCUGUGUACCCCCCCUCACCCCCCAUCAUAGUGCCUACACCACAGCAACCUCCACCAGCCAAGCGAGAGAAAAAACCAUCCUCCCAGAUCCGUAUCCGUGACCCCAAUCAGGGCGGUCGGGACAUCACAGAGGAGAUCAUGGCGGGAGGUUCAGGGAGCAGGAAUUCAACGCCUCCCAUCGGCCGGCCCUCCUCUACCCCCACACCCCCACAGUUUUUAUGGCCGCACCCUCAUUAUCCUCACAUUUUCUACCUCAAAUCGCAGCAGCUGAACAGGAGCCAGACUCCAGAGCAGCAGCAGCAGCAGCAGCAGCAGCAGCAGCAGCAGCAGCAGCAACAGCAGCAGCCUCCUCAACCACAGCCGGCCAAUCCUGGAGGCUACACGUUGGAGCCUCCGCAGCUACCACAACCACCGCAGCCCCAGCAGCCACAGCAGCCGCUGACGACUCGGGCCUCAGACACCAAACCAGGGCCAGAUGAAACGCCAAAACUGGAGCCAGUGGUCCAGAAGUCUUCCUCACCUGUGCUCGUGCAGCCUGAAGCUCCUAUGGAGAGACUCGAGGCCAGCGCUGCUGUACCUGAGCCCUCGUCUACUGUGGAACCAGAGCUUCCCUUCACAGCCGUGAUGGCCGCCCCCGUCGCUCUCCCUGUUUCAGUGGCCAAUAAGAGUGAACGUCCCUCAGCAAGGGAGUCCACUUCAUCAGCCUCUUCUCCCUCCCCCUCGCUGGUGGAGCGCAAACCCUCUUUGGUGUCACCUCAGACUCCCAACACAGACAAGCCUCUUUCAGAAGCCCCACGGACUCUGGCCGCCUCGCCUGCUCCAGCUCCCAAGGCUUUGAACGGCCUUGCAGAUUCUGUGACAGAGCUGGACCCUCCAGUCCAUGAGCCUUCUCCUCUGUCCCCAUCUUCACUCCAGCCUCCGGUCUCUGCUCCGGCCUACAGAGAUCCCUCCUCCUCUGAAACUUUGCCCUCUGAAGUGAGGCCAGAGGUGCCCAUUGCUGCUGUGCUCGCUCCUAUGGCACCUGUGUCUGUGGUGCCAGUCACCCUGACCUCAAGCCCUGCCCCUGCUCUGCCUGUCAUGCUCCCCCCUGGCCUUCCGCCUCUAGUGCAGGCCACGACAGAGGCUGACGAGCCGAGCAAGUCCUUAGACACUAAAGACCUCGUCCCCAGAGUGGGAACUGAGGCACUUGGAGGCAUUACUGACAACAAAACAGAGUCCCAACAACAAGCACUCACCAGGAGGAGUCCCACUACAGUAAAUCAGACUGCUUCUGCUAUACCAAAGACCUGGAGGAAACCAAAUGAAGGGAUCUCUGCUGGAGAAGCAUCUCAAAAGGAGGAGGAGGAGGAAGAGCCCAGGCCAGUAGACCUCCCUGCAGGAGAGCAGACCCUGCAGACCGCUCCUCUGAGCAGCAGCCCGGUGCCUCUGCCAUCAUCAGUGUUCACCUCCAGCCCCGUCCCAGCUCCGGCCAGCAGCCCCGAGGCCGACGGAAAGCCUGCCGCCCCGGAGGAGAACGGCGAGGCCGAGAUAGAGCCCAUGAGGAACGGAGCCGGCCACACGUCAGAGACGGAGAGCAGCGACAGCGGAGCCACACCCGGAGACAAGGAGAACUCCACAGGGGCUGCACAGGACAUCGAAGACCUGACUGACCCCGCUGGGAAGCGGCAGUAUAACAGGGACUUCUUGUUGGGCUUCCAGUUCAUGCCCGCCUGCAUACAGAAGCCUGAGGGGCUCCCACCCAUCAGUGACGUGGUGCUGGACAAGAUGAACCAAAACAAGCUGCCGUCUCGAGUGGUGGAUUCCAGAGCGAUCUCCAGAGGACCCGAUUUCACACCUGCCUUUGCAGAUUUUGGCCGGCAGAUAACCGGAGGACGAGGGGCUGCACUGAUUAACAUCGGGGCACGGCGGCCUCCACCCAGGAAGAUCAUCAUGAAUGUGUCGGUGAAUGACGAGAUUCAGCUGAAAAAGUCCGAGAACGCCUGGAAACCUGGAAUGAAGAGGGAGGGUCCUUCAGAGGAUCCUGAGAUACAGAAAACACAGGAUCUCUUCAAGAAGGUUCGCAGCAUCCUGAACAAGCUGACGCCUCAGAAGUUCAACCAGCUGAUGAAGCAGGUGACGGAUCUGACCAUCGACACAGAAGAGAGGCUCAAAGGAGUCAUCGACCUGGUGUUUGAGAAGGCCAUCGACGAGCCUAGCUUCUCUGUGGCCUACGGAAACAUGUGCCGCUGCCUCGCCACGCUCAAAGUGGCCAUGACGGACAAGCCAAACACCACAGUGAACUUUCGCAAGCUGCUGCUAAACCGCUGCCAGAAGGAGUUUGAGAAAGACAAGGUGGACGACGUGGUGUUUGAGAGGAAGCAGAAAGAGCUGGACUCUGCUGCAUCGGCGCCGGAGCGGGACCGGCUUCAAGAAGAGCUGGAAGAGGCCAAGGACAAGGCGCGACGGCGUUCCAUCGGCAACAUCAAAUUCAUCGGGGAGCUGUUUAAACUGAAGAUGCUGACGGAGGCCAUCAUGCACGACUGUGUUGUGAAGCUGCUGAAGAACCAUGAUCAGGAGUCGCUGGAGUGUCUGUGCAGGCUGCUCACCACCAUCGGCAAGGACCUCGACUUUGAGAAAGCCAAGCCUCGGAUGGAUCAGUAUUUCAAUCAGAUGGAAAAAAUCGUCAAGGAGAGGAAGACGUCUUCUCGGAUACGCUUCAUGUUACAGGACAUUAUUGACCUAAGAUUGCACAACUGGGUGUCGAGGAGAGCUGACCAAGGCCCCAAAACCAUCGAGCAGAUCCACAAGGAGGCAAAGAUCGAGGAGCAGGAGGAGCAGAGAAAAGUGCACCAGCAGCUGCUCUCCAAGGACAGCAAGAGACGGCCAGAUCCCCGAGACCAGAGAGACCAGAGAGAUCAAAGAGAGCAGCGUGUGCAGAGAGAAGAGACCUGGAACACUGUGCCCAUGACCAAGAACAGCAGGACCAUCGACCCCACCAAGAUCCCAAAGAUCUCAAAGCCUCAAAUGGACGAGAAGAUCCAGUUGGGCCCUCGGGCUCAGGUCACGUGGGUGAAAGGCAGCAGUGGAGGAGCCAAAGCCAGCGACUCCGAACAAUCACGGACAGCUGGCCUCAAUCGUUACUCUGCGCUGCAACAGACGCCUUCACCUCAACCCUCUACCACUCCUCCCCAGAACCAGGACUUUGACUCCAGGAGAACUCUGGGAAGCACUCGCAGCAGUACAGGGAGGGAACGCAGUGAGAAGCCGUUGAUCUCCGCCCCUCCAUCGUCUCGACCCGGAUCCUUCGUCAGGGGCAGCAGUUCGAAGGAGCUGCUGGAGACUCAGACCCCCGAGGAGCCGCGGAGAGACCGAGGGCGAGAGGGAGCCGAGCCCCGCAGACCGAGUGUCAGCGAGGAUAAGACAGAACCCGAGCGCAUCAGAGUCAGGGAGCCUGUGAAACCUGAGCCAGUGGUUCAGAUCCCUGACAGACCGGCUCUGUCAGAGGAGGAGCUGCAGAGGAAGUCCAAAUCCAUCAUAGACGAGUUCCUGCACAUUAAUGACUACAAGGAAGCCAUUCAGUGUGUGGACGAGCUUCAGUUGGGCUCUCAGCUGCACAUCUUCGUGCACGUCGGGGUGGAGUCGACUCUGGAGCGCAGUCAGAUAACACGGGACCACAUGGGCCAGCUGUUCUUCCAGCUGCUGCAGAAGGGACUCCUGCCCCAAUCCGAGUUCUGCAAAGGGUUUGCAGAAACGCUGGAGCAGGCGGAUGACAUGUCCAUCGACAUUCCCCACAUCUGGCUUUACCUGGCCGAGCUGCUCAGCCCCGUGCUGAGGGAAGGGGGCUUCUCUAUGAGAGAGCUCUUUAGUGAAUUAAGCAAACCUUUGCUUCCUGUGGGAAGAGCUGGGAUCUUAAUUUCUGAACUACUGCACACACUAUGCAAACAAAUGAGCCAUAGGACUGUAGGUUCUCUGUGGAGGGAAUCUGGCCUCAACUGGAGCGACUUACUUCCAGAGGAAGAGGACGUCCAGGCUUUCAUCUCACAAAAGAAGCUCCAGUUCGUCCUGUUGGACAGCUCCAGCUCCGAGGCGUCUCAGUGUAAAACGAUCUUGUCUCCUGAGGAGCUGAGCCAGCAGCUGGAGAGGCUCCUCCUGGAGGACAUGGCCAGUGACGAGCAGAUCUUUGACUGGGUGGAGGUACGAGAAGCAACCCUUGAUGACUCUCAGAUGAGCUCGUCUCCCUUCCUGCGUGCUUUGAUGACAGCUGUGUGUAAGGCAGCAGUGAAAGAUGAUAACACCAACUGUCGAGUGGACACGGCCAUCAUCCAGAGGAGGUUGCCCGUUUUACUGAAGUACCUUAACUCAGACACUGAGCGACAGCUGCAAGCACUUUAUGCACUUCAGGCGCUGAUCGUCGCCCUCGAUCAGCCUCCAAAUCUUCUCCGGAUGUUCUUUGACUGUCUGUAUGACGAGGACGUCAUCUCGGAGGACGCUUUCUACAAGUGGGAGACGAGCAAAGACCCUGCCGAGCAGCAUGGUAAGGGCGUGGCCCUCAAGUCCGUCACGGCCUUCUUCACCUGGCUGCGUGAAGCGGAGGAGGAGUCGGAAGACAAUUGACAAGAGAGGGACACCCGGGAGACUCGGCGUAGAAGAACUGCAUCCUUACAGAACAAAACAAACAAAAAAAACAUUCAGAAUUGGUGUAUGGGCAGGACGACAUGUUUACGGCUGGAAUUUUUUUCUGCGGUACGGUUCUGAAACAUGCCGCCAUUUUGAGUUUGGAUUCCAACGGCGGAAGCACUAAAUACCUGUAUUAUACAUAGAAAAUAUUUUUGUUUUAAAUUUUAACUUACUUUUCUUUUGUUACUUUUUAAGAAGAGACUUAAAGAUACAUAGGUUCUGGACUCUUUAAUUUAUUAUUUUUUUAAGGACUGCAAAUACGAAAGUUAUUUAACGUUUGCAGAGGCUCACAAAUGAGAACGAGACAACAGAAAUAACAAUAUAAUUCAUUAUAAUAACAAAAUAAUAAUUGUGAAAUAAUUAGCCUCCCUGGAUUCCACACUGUUUGGUUUAAAACAGGGUCAAACAAAGUUAUUUUGGGAUGACGGGGGAGCAGAGAUAAAAUAAAAAAAUAAAAAAAAGGAGCAAAGAUGCAAAGAAACUAUUAACGUUGUCCGUGUAUGACGUUUUAAAGUCAAAGGUUUUGUUCUGAUAACAACAAAGUGUUCCCCGCAGUCUUGGCUUGCUCUGCGUUGUUUAUGUACAUACACCUUGUGAGAGGUAGAGGUAUGCAUUCAAGAAGCGAUGCAAGUCAGUGCACAGAACUGUAAAAACAAACGCAGACGAACAAAGCGGAUACAUGAGCAAAAAUGCAACUUUAAAAAGCAAAUGGCCAGGGUCACUGAACAUGAACAUGCUUGUAAUACUUAAGACCUACAGAGCAGAUUAAAGCUUGUAAAUACAUUAAAGACAAAAAAGGUAUUUAAAAA